UCAACGGUUGCCUUGGCAGCCGUUGACGUCACGCCUCCCCACCGUGUCCCUGCUCCUGGGGCUGGUGAUGGGAGGGAAACCCCGUUGAUGGGAGAGACAGACUGAAUGAGAAUCAGCUGUGUUGUCGGAGGAAGAACACUAUUAUUUCACACAUUAAGCCCGGAGCAGCCAUGGAGAAGUGCGACGCGGAGCAGAAGGCCACGCUGGUGCAGAAGGCCAAGCUGGCCGAGCAGGCGGAGCGCUACGACGACAUGGCCGCCGCCAUGAAGAAGGUGACGGAGCUGGGCGAGGAGCUGUCCAACGAGGAGCGCAACCUGCUGUCGGUGGCCUACAAGAACGUGGUGGGGGCGCGCCGCUCCUCCUGGAGGGUGGUGUCCAGCAUCGAGCAGAAGACCGAGGGCAGCGACAAGAAGCAGCAGCUGGUCAAGGAGUACCGGGAAAAGAUCGAGGAGGAGCUGAAGGAGAUCUGCGGGGACGUGCUGGGUCUUCUGGAGAAGUACCUCAUCCCCAACGCCACUCCCGCCGAGAGCAAGGUCUUCUACCUGAAAAUGAAGGGGGACUACUUCCGCUACCUGGCCGAGGUCGCCGUGGGAGACAACAAAACCUCCACCAUGGGGAACUCGCAGGACGCCUACCAGGCAGCCGUGGACAUCAGCAAGACGGACAUGCAGCCCACCCACCCCAUCCGCCUGGGCCUGGCCCUCAACUUCUCCGUCUUCUUCUACGAGAUCCUCAACUCGCCCGAUCAGGCCUGCAAGCUGGCCAAAGAGGCUUUUGACGAGGCCAUCGCCGAGCUGGACACGCUGAACGAGGAUUCGUACAAGGACAGCACGCUGAUCAUGCAGCUCCUGAGGGACAACCUGACGCUGUGGACCUCAGACGCCCACGGAGACGGAGAGGAAACCGAGGAGGGUCGAGAGAACUGAGCCCCGCCUCCCGACUGCCUGGCUGCCUGCCAAUCACACGUCAACACUGAGACCGCCUCACCUUCCCGCUGUUCUCUAGGGCUCCCAGCAGCCUCUGUUGCUUCUCUUCUGUUUGUGCAUGCGGGUGUGUGUGAUUAUUUGUGUGUGUGUGUGUGUGUCUGUGUGUGUGUGUGUUUGUGCGUGAAUGGGUGAGUGUGGGUGUGUGUGU